AUGGCGUCAUCAUCAUCUAGCAUAGACUUAUCUGGGCCAUCAUUCUGUGUUGUAAGUGGUGCAUCACAAGGUAUAGGUAGAUCUCUUGCAGUAGAAGUGUCACAACACCUAGGCCCUAAAUCCAUUAUGCUCUUGUUGGCUCGCAAUAAAGCGGAACUUGCAACUACCGCUAGUCUUUGUAAAGCAAAUGAUAUCCAAUAUAAUUCUAUUGAUCUUUCAACGGCAUCAGAACAGGAGAUGCAUGAUGUUAUUAUUAAUGCUUUGAAAGGGCGACAGAUAAAAGAUUUCUCCAAGUGUAUUAUAUUCCACAAUGUUGGAUCACUCGGAAACUUGUCAGUUGAAACAUCUCGUAUGGAAAAUGUGGAAGCGCUAAGAGAUUACUAUGACCUAAAUGUGUUUAAAGUUAUUUCCUUGAAUACUCAGUUUUUGAAGAUAUUUGAGGAAAUAGAGGACAGGGCAAUAAUCGUGAAUAUAACCUCACUCUGUGCUAUCAAGCCUAUGGGAGGUAUGGCAUACUAUUGCAGCGGGAAAGCAGCCAGGGAAAUGUAUUUCCGAGUCCUAGCCGAAGAGAAAAAGCACAUAAAGGUCCUAAACUAUUCCCCUGGGCCUGUGGAGACAGCCAUGAUUGAUUAUGUGUUGGAAAAAGCUGUGAAUGAAAACUUGAGAAAUGUUUUUACCUCGUUCAGGCAGCAAGGUGCUCUAUUGAAGCCCGAGGUGACGGCAAAAAAAUGUAUCAAGAUUCUACUCUCGGGAAAGUUUCCUUCUGGAGAACAUAUUGAUUUCUUUGAUGAUGAA